AUUCCGACAUCCCAACAGCACCUGAACGCAACACAUGACCGAGUGUUAGCUCAGCAGAGAGAGAGGGAGGAGAGAGAGAGAGGGAUCGGGCUCUGGGGAGGGAAGGAAGGAGAGAGAGAAGCUAAACAGGUGGUCUGAAAACACAGAAAACAAUGUCGUCCGGCGGGGAGACGCGGAAAGAGCUUUAGUCCUCGCUGCAGUAACGGAAUACCGGGACAGCCGCGGAGCAGAACCAACAGAAACCCAUGCUCCUUUUUUAUUUCCACACGGAUUUCUCCUCCUCCUCCUCCUCCUCCUCUCCUCGGUUUGACUCCGAAUCUGGGCAAGAUCUCGGAGCCUAGACCAUGAAAGUCACGGUGUGUUUUGGCAGGACCCGGGUGGUGGUGCCGUGCGGGGAUGGAAACAUAAAAGUGCACACGCUCAUCCAGCAGGCUGUCAUGCGAUACAAGAAGGCUAUAGCCAAGGAUGCUAGUUACUGGCUGCAGGUGCAUCGGUUGGAACACGGUGACGGCGGCAUCCUCGACCUGGAUGACGUGCUUUGCGAUGUGGCCGAUGACAAAGACAGGACGUGUCGUAGACCUGGCCCGGGAAGAGAGGGACGGAUGAAGGAGUUGAUCUUGAGUGCCAGUUUGAUAGCCGUGUAUGACGAACAGGAACCCCAUCAUGGAGGUGAUGGCACCAGUGCCAGCUCCACGGGGACUCAGAGCCCCGACCUGUUUGCUGCAGACCUCAGUGCCGGCAGUGGAGCCUCAGCCUUCCAACCCUACCAGGCUGCCAGCGAGAUCGAGGUUACGCCCUCCGCCUUGCGCACCAAUAUGCCCCUCCACGUCCGGCGCAGCAGCGACCCCGCCCUGCUGACCAUCACCGGGCCGUUUAGCGGCGGCGAUUCACGGGUUCCGACGGAAGAGACGCCAUCGAGGAAGAACCCAACCCGCUGGUCGACCACCGCCGGCUUCCUGAAAGCUCGCCAAUCCUCCGGCACCAACAGCCUAGAGAGGAAGGGUAAAGGCAUGGAAACGUAUCGCAGCCUGCCGCGAGAUGCCGGGACAUGGGCCAAUCAGAGAGAAUUUCAGAGAGAGACGGCGCGGUCGUCUCUCAGUGCGAAUCACCCCAUGGUGGACCGCUGGUUGGAGAGGCAAGAACAGGAGGAAGAGGCCAGAGAAGAAGAAAACGGUAGGAUCGAGCCCCUCGGACGAGCCGACUCCUGCAUCGACCACACCCCCGUGAGGUCACUAGAAGACAUAGUCAAACUGGUGGAGGUGACAAACGACGGUGGGCCCCUGGGAAUCCACGUGGUGCCUUUCAGUGGCAGGGACCGCAGGACUCUUGGCUUGUUGGUCAAGCGUCUGGAGAGGGGAGGGAAGGCCGAGCAGCAAGGCCUCUUCCAGGAGAAUGACUGUAUCGUCCGUAUCAAUAACGGAGACCUGCGAAACAUCCGCUUUGAACAAGCCCAGAACAUGUUCCGUCAGGCCAUGCGCUCUCCAGUCAUCAUGUUUCACGUGGUGCCGUCGUCCAUGAAGGCCCACUAUGAGCAGCUGUCCCACGCUGAGCGGAACCCCGCGUACGCCUCAGGUCGUUUUAGCCCCGACUCCCUGACCGGCAGCACCGUCUCCGGCAUGGACCACACUCCGCAUAGGAUGUCCCGACAUGGUUCCCAAAAGCACCAACACUCCCAUCCCCACCCUCAUUCCGAUGCUCACCUAGACCCGACUGACGGCUACCCACCUCUGACUCAUCCGGCAGUCUCUGCAGCCAAGCCUCCGACCGGUCACACCCACUCACCUCAGAGGGGGGCGAACUCCACCCCAACAGUAGGGUAUACCAAAAAAGUUGGGAGGAGGCUCAACAUCCAGCUAAAGAAAGGUCCCGAGGGACUCGGCUUCAGUAUUACGUCACGGGACGUUCCCAUUGGAGGCUCGGCACCCAUCUACGUGAAGAACAUACUGCCUCGGGGAGCUGCCAUCCAAGAUGGCCGCCUCAAGGCAGGAGACAGGUUGCUGGAGGUAAAUGGAGUGGACCUGAAUGGGCGGACCCAAGAGGAGGUGGUGUCCCUGCUCAGGGCCACACCCAUGGGUGGGGCAGUAGGGCUGCUGGUCCUACGCCAGGAAGAUGCUUUCCUCCCCCGGGAAGUGAAUGCUGAGCCCCAGGUGCAAUGCCCGAGAGAUUCGCAUCCAAGGCAGCCGGUGAUAGCCGGGAAACCCCAUUGGCUGAUUGAGAAGACAGAGGAGGAUGAGUUGGUCCUCACUCCGGAUGGGACCAGGGAGUUCCUGACCUUCGAGAUCCCCCUCAGUGACUCGGGUUCAGCGGGUCUGGGUGUCAGCGUCAAAGGCAACCGCUCCAAGGAGAACCAUGCUGACCUGGGUAUCUUCGUCAAAUCCAUCAUCAAUGGAGGGGCAGCCUGCAAGGACGGGCGGCUUCGAGUGAACGACCAGCUGAUUGCCGUCAACGGGGAAUCGCUAUUGGGCAAAACCAACCAAGACGCCAUGGAGACGCUCCGCAAGUCCAUGUCGACGGAAGGCAACAAACGUGGGAUGAUCCAGCUUAUUGUGGCCAGACGAGUGGCCAAAAGAAAUGAGGAGACACCAGGGAGCCCACUGGGACCCCAGCAGACUACGAACACCUCUCUGGACGACCACGAGCGCCGAAUCUCCCACUCCCUGUACGGUGGCCUGGAGGGUCUUGAUGACAACUUGAUGCCACGACAAGGCAUGAUGCCACGCACAAUAGGUAACUAUCAGCUCUCACCGACAGUCAACAUGCCGCAGAACGACAUUGUGAUCAUAGAGGAUGACCGGCCGCCGCUCCUCCCACCUCACCUCUCCGACCAGUCAUCGUCUAGCUCCCAUGACGACGUGGGCUUCACCGCUGACAUGACACCGCCGUGGGCCAAAGAGCUGCCCAGUCACGACAGCUCCCUGGCUCCAGAUGAAAAUCAUCCAGACAGCGCUUUCCAGAGGGAAGGUUUUGGACGCCAGAGCAUGUCAGAGAAACGCACCAAACAGUUUGGAGACGCCGCUCAGCUUGAGAUCAUCAAAACACGCAAGUCCAAGAGCAUGGAUCUAGUAGCCGACGAGAUUAACCUCACCCCUCGUCCCGAGAUCAACACAGGUUCCUCCACAAAGGAUGUGGGACCAUCACUAGGCUUAAAGAAGUCUAGCUCUCUCGAGAGCCUCCAGACAGCUGUGGCUGAGGUCACUCUCAAUGGGGACCUCCCCUUCCACAGGCCUCGCCCCCGUAUCAUUAGGGGGCGGGGCUGCAACGAGAGCUUCAGGGCAGCCAUCGACAAAUCCUACGACCGACCGGCUGCCACGGAGGAUGACGAUGAGGGCAUGGAGACAUUGGAGGAGGACACAGAGGAGAGUUCACGAUCAGGGAGAGACUCUGUGUCCACGAUGGCCGACCAGACCCCGCUGUCUGGCACAGAGAAGCCCCUGGUCAACGGCACCAACCGCGCCAAAGACGAGAAGAGGAAGGACAAAGACAAGGGAGGGAAGGAGAAGAAGAAGCAGGAGGGAGGGAAGGAGAAAGAAAAGGGAAAAGCCAAGAAGGGCAUGCUGAAGGGACUCGGGGACAUGUUCAGGUUUGGGAAGCACCGAAAAGACGAGCGGCUGGGGGAAAAGAUGGAUCGUAAAGGCUCCAGCAAGUGGAGGCCUGAGGAGAUGCAGGUUUCUGAGGAGGACACAAUGAAGAUGCGGAUGGAGCAGGAGAGGAUCCAGGCCAAGACCAGGGAGCUGAGGGAGCGCCAGGCCAGGGAACGGGACUACGCUGAGAUUCUGGAUAUAAGCCGCACGCCAGAGAGGUCCUCUGAGGAGGAGCACCCAUACGCCGGGAUCAACCCGCUGAACAGCUCCGUGGACAGUGGUCACAGUCGACCCCAGAGCCCCCGAGACGAUUACCCCCACAUCCAUCCACACCACCAGCACCAGCACUCCGAUACCCUCUACACCCAAGUCAGCAAGGCCCGAAAUGACCGGCCUCCAUCUGCAGACAGUAACCGGCUAGCCCCUAGCAACCACGACCGGAUACAGAGGCUGAGGCAGGAGUUCCAGCAGGCCCAGAACAUCCCGGACGACCCGGACGACCGCAGGAGGACCUACAGCUUCGAGCAGCCCUGGUCGAACACCAGCAGCAACGGUCCGGGCGGGUACAGUCAGCCGGGUCGCCACUCGGUGUCGGUCGAAGUUCAGAUGCAGAGACAGAGGCAGGAGGAGAGGGACUCGUUCGCCCAGGCACAAAGACAGUACAGCUCCCUGCCAAGGCAACCCAGGAAGAACCCUAGCUCUAUCUCCCAAGACUCAUGGGAUAAGGCGUACCCACCUGGAGAGGGCUUUCAGACGGCCAAGGACAACCCCAGGUACUCCAGCUAUCAGGGCUCCAGGAACGGCUACCCGGGCGGCGGUGGUGUCAAUGCUAGAGUCCUUCUGGAGGCCCAGGAGCUCCUGAGGCAGGAGCAAAGGCGCCGAGAGCAGGAAGCCAAAGGGAAAUUGAUGCAGGAGAGCACCGGUAACAGCAGCUACGAGGGGUACUCCACAGCUCACCUGAAGGACCCGGCCUCCCCCAAGGGUCCGUACCGCCAAGAUGUGCCACCUUCACCUUCGCAGUUAGCAAGGCUUAAUAGAUUGGGGUCAGAGAAAGGAAGACUUUUUUAUUCUUGAGGAGUAUCAUUGGACUGAUUGAAAAAGAGCUUGACAGAGAACUUUUGGCUCGGGAGCUAAGGGGGGAUGACUUUGAAGAACCCACAAUAGUGGACGCUACAAAUCUGGACAAAGGACAACCUAGAGGUCUUAUAGCUUAGCGAUGAUCUUAGAGGUAAACAGCUGUGAAGUGUACUCAGUAUGUGGGUGUUUAUGUUCAGUCCCUAGCUAUGCCGAUGACCUAUACCAGUAGUCACUCAGUCACUCGCCCUACUACAGACUGGAGACGCUCAGUGCCUUCUCUGCAUUCACAAACACGACGCUUGGUCACAGUCGUCCAGGACUCUCGAUUCCUCGGGAAUCGGCACCGUCACGUACUGACAAUCAAAUGGGCAGACAGGCAAGCGAGGGGUCGUUCUCUUCAGCCCACGGGGAGGCGAACGUCUCUGUGUGGGUUUGGGUGUGGGCACUUGACAAGGUACAUGUUUCACCAUCAUGUGUUUCCCGGCUUCACAGAGUGUCCUGCGGAUGACUCUUCCCACCGGUCACAAAUCACCCUUCCUCCACUUCACUAAAGUUAACAUUCAGCCCCUACCAACGCUGCCAGUUCUUCUCUGCCUUCUGUUUUUUCUGCUUCCAGUGCUUUCUCCUCAGCAAUCGGGCUCUCUCACAUGAGUACUCCCAGGGGAGCAGAGAAAAACAAGGCAAAGUGUAUGAAAUAGGCAGGGAACAGUGUGUGUCUUAUUAAUAAAAAAAAAAAAAAAAGCCUCCCUCAUAAAUGAUUCAUAUCGUGUGUUAUCUCCGUGAGGGAGACCCAAGCAGACAGGGUACACAGCUCUGAUCCUCUGCCUGGCCCCCGUGCACUGCUCGGGGCUUGACUCACUGGCCUGCCUGCCUGCCUGUCUGGAGAACUGGCUCCCAUCCUCCUCUCCUUUCUCGUCGCCUCUCUGUUCAUUACGCUCCUUUCUUCCACCUUUCUGCCCCCCACCACCACCACCUUCCUCUCAUCUCACCCCUCCCCUUCCCCUUACUCUUCCUCCUGCUACCCAGUCCCACCACCCUUCUCCUCCUCCUCGUCCUCCUCGUCUCCCGAGUCAGGCUCCGCACUGAAUUUUUCAUCACAAGCCACCUGCUGCCUGCCGGAGCCAAAGAACGCUGCCACCAGAGGCAGUGACAGAGGGCCUGGCUUCUGACACAAAGAGAGGAAUAAAAGCAUAAAAAGAGCCAGAAUAAAGAUGGGUAGAGAGACAAUGACCCCUCCCAGUGUGAGAUUAGCUGGAGCUUUUCUCCUGUUUUUAACAAAAGGCAAAAUUGUCCUCAGGAGUUAAUUGCUUUCGAUUACUGUAAUCUCUAUUUUUUUACCUUUUUAAGCAUUUAGCCGACACUCUUCUCCAGAGUGGUUUGAAAAGAGGGAGCGGGUAGGGGUGUGCUAUCUUGCUUUAAAAAAACACAGCAGUCAAUGGAUGAACCGAGUGCUGCUGGCUUUUAAUGGGUAGGCUGAACGAAAUUACAAUCAAGAAUCAUUUUUGGCUUAUCUCUAGGGGUAAAUGCAGAAGGUUUUGAUUUUCUCUGCCCAGGUUUUUGGGAUAUCCAUCUCUUGAGUUUUCUGAUGCCAUCCUAAUACAGUGGAGGUGACUGGAGUUUUCGUUUGCUGGGCCCCAAGCACUGAAAAGCCACAUACAAAAACAUCUUCAAAUGUUUCUUUCGAUUGAUUUUUUUUUUUUUUUUCAAAAGACAUAGUUUGUAUGAAAACUGCUGACGGCGUGCUAGCGCCAUUCGCAAUCACGGUCACUGACCCAUUUAGCAGGCUGGUUAGCUAAGUCGCUAACAAGACAAUGUAUUCGCAGUUUAUUCAAACCUGUCUUAUAACCGUGCCUCUUUUGUGGAGAAGUUUAUACUCCAAUAGAGGAGGGUUGUAGAAAAGCAGGUGGUGCAGUGCAACUAAUAAGCUUACCUCAGCUUAACAUACCUCAGUUGUAUUAGGGUGGAGACAGAGAUCUCAAAACCUGAAUAAAUUAAACCAAAACUAUCUUGCAUGACUAGAUGUCGCUGGUGGUAAAAUGAUUUUUUUUGUAAUCUGGGUAAAGCGGCCCUUAAACCCAGUGACAUUCUGAUUAUGAAUCAUGCAAGUCCAGUGGCCUGUGUCAUUAUAACCUGAGAGUAUUCUCAUUUCCAAUUCCAGUCAAACUCUACAGCUGCUGAUUGGCAAUUUUUUUUUUUUUUACCCAGAGAGAGGGAACUAAUCAGUAAAACCAGCUGCUGUAGUUGUAGGUCAGAAAGAAGACCUUGGGCGUUGAUCACACAUGUUUUAAAAAAAAAAAAAAAAAAAAAUCACUGCCACGGUCCAUCAGCCCACCUCUGUAACAAUGGGUGGCGACCGAUCCUCUUGGUCUGAACAUACCCUACCAUCAACAAACGUUAAAAAAAAAGGGUAUUCGUUCAUUUGUUCAUGUGUUGUGCAAGUGAACAAAUGAGACAGAGCCGAGGUUCAACUUUAAACAAAAGGGAAAUACAAAAAAAUGAAUAAAUCAAGCUGGGGAAGACAAACAGGCGGUGCGGAAAUAGCCUUCACUCCUACACACACUCCAUAUGCAGAGUAAAGCUGCAUGACAUACAUUAUCUCCUGUUGGAGAAGACCCUCGCUGGGAAUGAUACAGGCUUAGGAGGGGUGAUAAAUGAUGAAUGACAACGUAAGAAGAUGAAGGAAAAAAAAAAAAAAAGGAUUUUUCAAAGGCAUUAUUUCAGUGUAGAAACCUGUAUUGCAACCUGAGGAAAGUUCACAAAACCACUCUGCUUUUGAGCUGAUUAAAAAUUCCCUUCUGCAUAAUGUAUGUACAUGGGCGUAACAACACAAACACACCGAGGCCCCUCACCAGUGUGUGUGUUUUUACAUCCAUGGCACAAUGGGCUGGGGAAGACCGCUAACAAGUAAGAUACACACCGUGAAGAAGAGGGUAAAAAAAACAAAAAAACCCCUCCACUCUGACUGGUUUUCAGUUAAAAGUGUUUGGUUGAGCGGCCGGCACUUCCUGCUGUGAACACUAGUGCAUCUCGAAAUGCAGACCAGCACAUUUAGAAGGAUGUAUUUGACCCUUGCUCCAAGUGUCGUGGAUUUAGCUGCUCAGCUGUCCGGUCAUGGGGUCUGAUAGCGACAAGUGCCUGAGAUAUUAUCGUAAUAUUUUACACACAGAGGGACACGACGACAUUUGUUUGUCAGUGGCACUACAGUACACAAGCUGCAGCGUGUUUUUUUUAACAUUUAUCAUAUAAAACUGUGUCAUUUUUGGGGUACUCCUUCCUGAACCUUUUUUAUUUUAUUCACGAGAGCCGACACUUACGAGCAGUUAUCAGUGUAUUUGUAUCCUGUUUGACAUUGCCUUCAACCAUGCUGUACCACGAUGUGUUUUAAAGUAUAAAAAAAAAAAAACGGAAGCUGAUGGAAGCUGAUGUGCAAUUGUUUUGUUUUUUUUCCAGAAAACUUUUACAUGAUAUAUUAAGAACUGUAUACAGCCACUUUUCCUGUACAUAUCAAAUUUAGAAUAAAA